AUGGGGGCUUCACUUUCUGUAGGCAAAAAUAGGAACGCUUUGCAAGGCCCCCGUUUGCACAAAAAAUAUGAUUUGAAGCCCCUUAGCCUGGGUCGUGGGAAAAAAAAUUCAGAGGACUCCAAAAACGACAGCCGGAGCUUAGAUCUACAAAAUACCAAAGAAUCCGAUAGCUCGGAAAAUAAAUCUGACUCUAGAAAGUCCAACUUGUUGCCAUUGGAUCCGCGGUUUGAGGCCAGCUUCGCAGAAACACCUCGUUAUGAGUUGAUGGGAAUUCAAACUUCCAGCCGAAGAGCAUUGUUCAAACGUCCUGGUUCUACUAGCACAGUGACCAUGGACUUAAGUAAAAGGACUGACAGAUUCGCAUAUCGCAGAUCAAGAAAAGACAGUGCCAUUCAAUGCGCAAUUCUUCCUUCAGGUGCAAGACGGGAUAUGCUUUGUAAAUUCAUUCAAGCUGGUGUUGGUCACGCAUUUAUGCGCGAUAAUGAAAGCAACACCAUCAAGCCGAUAUUUCCAUGUAGUACACAAGCCAAGUUUACAGAAGCGAGUUCCUGUAUAAACAGCUAUAAUCUACAUUCGGUGCAUAGGCAAGCGUUCGGUGACCAAAUGUGUCCAGUGAAGUGCACUGAUAAUUCUACAGGCCAAAAAGAGACAGUCGCAGAAAAUGAGGAAAUUCAAGGUGAACUGACAGAGUCGGCACAAAGGACAAGUUGGAAGGCCUCAUCAAAAGUAAACAUUAUUACGAAUAAUUAUGGUGAGAAACUAUAUGGAUAUGGGAACAUUUUACCGACUGAUGAGUACCCUAGCAAACCACAACAUUGCUGCCACUUCACGGAGUUUCAGUCCGACUGCCACAUGUUCGACCUGGCGUGUAGUGGAUGCCAAAACGCAUGGGCAAGUUUAAACCGAAACGGUGGCGUUAGACAGCCCGUUUUCUCUAACAAAAAUAGAAAAGUGUCUUCACCAUCUGGCAAGUUCGACCUAUCCCGCUCGCGUUCAGAUUCCAACCUCUAUAGUAAGGACUGGAAACAGAGCAAUGCAGUGGGGGCCCCAAAAGUUAUCUCUCGUUCGCCAACAUCGGGCAAUUUAGGAGGGAAGAAGUUUGUGAGGAAUCAAAGAAGUCAAAAAGACCGAUUAAACUCGGGUCGAAAUAAGCCAAACCAGCAGUCGAGGGCGCAGCUUGAGAACAAAUUUCGAUUCUACGUUCGGGAAAGCGACGAAAUAAACAAAAUGCUAGGCGACCCCGAUGAUCGCCGUAUAAGAACCAUAUGCGAGCGCUUCCAGUGUGACUUAGAUAUCUACGCGAAGAAUUUAAUUGCUGGAUUUAUGCAAUACACAGUGGACAUUGAAGCACCGAAUGCCACUUGCCUGCUGGGUUGUGUGAGGAACCUUGACUCGGCCCUGGGCUGGCACAUCGCCCCACAAUUGAUGGGAUGUGGCAUCCAAAAGAAGGACUGA